AUGGCCGCAAGGCCUUAUCAAUUCAUCGUCUUUCGCCACCGCCGCUUUUUAGCCCUCUCAACGACACUGUUUCUACCCAUCACUUCCCUCCGCACCGUAGCUUCCAGAGCCUCGCUUUCCCUCACACACAACUGCCACAACCAGCAGAAGCUAAAACAACAACCCUCUCCACCGCCCACGCUGCCGCCGCUACCUUAUUCCACCGGCCGCGGCCCCGCUGCUUCUGUACCUGAAACCCUGGCGCAGAAGAUCGGAAAAUCCAUCCGCCGUCCUGGCGCCCCAUCCAAGGCUCGGAUCUAUACCGACGUCAAUGUUAUCCGCCCUAAGGAAUAUUGGGACUACGAGUCCCUUACGGUUCAAUGGGGGGAGCAAGAUGAUUACGAGGUGGUGAGGAAGGUGGGGAGAGGAAAAUAUAGCGAAGUAUUUGAGGGGGUGCACACCACCAACAAUGAGAAAUGCAUAAUCAAAAUCCUUAAACCUGUAAAGAAGAAAAAGCGGAAACUGCGGCUUAUAGAUUGGGGACUUGCGGAGUUUUACCAUCCUGGUAAAGAGUACAACGUUCGUGUUGCUUCUAGGUAUUUUAAGGGCCCUGAACUUCUCGUUGAUUUGCAAGACUAUGAUUACUCCUUGGACUUGUGGAGCCUCGGUUGUAUGUUUGCUGGAAUGAUUUUUCGUAAGGAGCCUUUCUUUUAUGGGCACGACAAUUAUGAUCAACUGGUCAAGAUUGCCAAGGUGUUGGGAACGGAUGAGUUGAAUGCCUAUCUUAACAAGUACCGGUUAGAAUUGGACCCACAUCUUGCUGCUCUGGUUGGAAGGCAUAGCAGAAAACCAUGGACAAAGUUUAUAAAUGCCGAUAAUCAGCAUUUGGCUGUUCCGGAGGCAAUUGAUUUUGUUGACAAACUGUUGCGAUAUGAUCAUCAAGAGAGGCCAACUGCAAAAGAAGCAAUGGCUCAUCCCUAUUUCUACCCGAUAAGGAAUGCUGAAAGUAGCAGAACUCGUGCACAUUAA